UCAUAGAAAACAGCUGACAGGAGAAAAGAAAGAAAAAGACAAAAUAGACAUACAUUUAUUAAAAUUUUACAAAAUUUCUUAUUUAAUUUAAUAAGCAAUGUUUCAACAAGAAAACAUGGCUUGUAGUGCUACAGUAUUAGGCAUUUUAUGCUUUUCCCUCAGCGUUUUGUUGUCUACGGCAGAUGUACCUCCGCAAAAUACCACCAAUCCAGUUAAGGUUGAUAACAACAAUAUACCUGCUGUGAAAAGCCCAUUGAGCAGCACUUUAGCACCAAACAUAUUAAAUUCCUUAGUGCAAGCCACAAAUUCAACGCCCAAAUGUGUGUGUGAUGGAGCUUUGCUACCGCGUCUAAGUGAAAAUGGUAAAGUGCUGGAAAUCUGUCCGGAAUGUAAAUGUCAACAUGAAGCAAGGAACACAACACUUAUUAAGGUCGUUGUCAUAAUUGUGAUUUGGAUUAUAUCUAUACUUGUGAUAUAUAUGCUAUUUCUAAUUUGCUUGGAUCCACUACUCAACAAGCGUGUAAAGGCGAAUUACCAGGAGCACACAAACGAAGAUGAUGAAGCAAGCGGUACUUCCCCUCCAUUGCCAUCCGGCAUGGCUAAUCAAGAAAUGAACUCACGCGCAAAUGUUUUGAAUCGUGUUGGUCAUCAAACGGAUAAGUGGAAGCGACAAGUACGCGAACAACGUCGUCACAUCUAUGAUCGACGUACAAUGUUGAAUUAAAUUCGUAGCGUGUGUAGUGAGAGUUCGCGUUUAUUUUCUUUAAUAUUUUUGAAUAUAUUAUUUUUAUUAAAAAAUAUAUAUAUAUUAUAAUGUAAUAGAAAUAUCUUUUAACUGCAUAUUUACAUAUCCAUAUAUGUGACGCCACUAUCUGCAGCUAUCCACUUUUUCAAUGUGGCGACGAUCUCAUACGGGAAAGUACUUGUUUCAAUAUAUUAUUUCUUUUUCUUUUGACUAAGUAAAUUUUGUAUAAACUCAUGUAUUAGCAGUAAUCACUUUAAAUUGUUGCAUAUGCCUACAUACUUACGAAUAUUCAUACGAAAUAACACAUAAAUGUAUAUGGUAGAAUUAAAGGAUUUUAGCGAAAAUA